GGAGGAAUGCAAACACAGGGACCAUGACCUUGGACUGCUCCAGGAAGGGUCUUCUGAUGCUCUUAAUGGCCUUGGGCCUCACCCAGGGUGACUCCGGGAGGCCCUCACGGGGCCCGCUGGUGACCUGUACGUGUGAGAACCCACACUGCUGGAGACCCAUCUGCCAAGGGGCCUGGUGCACAGUGGUGCUGGUGCGGGAGGAGGAUGGGCAGCUCCAGCAAUACCGGGGUUGCGGGAACCUACACCCAGAGCUCUGCCAGGGCCGGCCCACUGACGUCUUCAACCAUUACUGCUGCUACAGCCCCCUGUGCAACCACAACGUGUCCCUGACGCUCCAGGCUACCCCAGCCCCUCCGCUGCCAUGGGGUGACCAGCUGGCUCUGAUCUUGGGCCCCCUACUGGCCUUCCUGGUGCUGUUGGUCCUGGGUGCCCUGGGCCUGUGGCACUUCCGGCGGAGGCAGGAGAAGCAGCGAGGCCUACAUAGCGACCUGGGCGAGUCCAGCCUCAUCCUGAAGGCGUCCGAGCAUGGGGAUAGCAUGCUGGGGGACCUUAUGGACAGCGACUGCACCACAGGCAGUGGCUCAGGUCUUCCCUUCCUGGUGCAGAGGACAGUGGCACGGCAGGUGGCCCUCGUGGAGUGUGUGGGGAAAGGCCGCUAUGGAGAGGUGUGGCGGGGCUCCUGGCAUGGGGAGAGUGUGGCGGUCAAGAUCUUCUCCUCAAGGGACGAGCAGUCCUGGUUCCGCGAGACAGAGAUCUACAACACCGUGUUGCUGAGACAUGACAACAUCCUAGGCUUCAUCGCUUCUGACAUGACCUCCCGCAAUUCAAGCACGCAACUGUGGCUCAUCACGCACUACCACGAGCACGGCUCGCUCUACGACUUUCUGCAAAGGCGGACACUGGAGCCCCAGCUGGCCCUGAGGCUGGCUGUGUCAGCGGCCUGCGGCCUGGCACACCUGCACGUGGAGAUCUUUGGCACGCAGGGCAAGCCGGCCAUUGCCCACCGUGACCUCAAGAGCCGCAACGUGUUGGUCAAGAGCAACCUGCAGUGUUGCAUCGCAGACCUGGGGCUGGCUGUGAUGCACUCCCAGGGCAGUGAUUACCUGGACAUCGGCCACAACCCCAGGGUGGGCACCAAGCGGUACAUGGCGCCCGAGGUACUGGACGAGAAGAUCCGCACCGACUGCUUCGAGUCCUACAAAUGGACGGACGUCUGGGCCUUCGGCCUGGUGCUGUGGGAGAUCGCCCGGCGGACUAUCAUCAAUGGCAUGGUGGAGGACUACAGGCCGCCCUUCUACGACGUGGUGCCCAACGACCCCAGCUUUGAGGACAUGAAGAAGGUGGUGUGCGUGGACCAGCAGACGCCCACCAUCCCAAAUCGGUUGGCUGCAGACCCGGUGCUGUCGGGCCUGGUGCAAAUGAUGCGGGAGUGCUGGUACCCCAACCCUUCAGCCCGUCUCACAGCGCUGCGCAUCAAGAAGACCCUGCAGAAGCUCAGCCACAGCCUGGAGAAGCCCAAAGCGCUCUACUAGACUGAUGGGCCUGGGGGUGGCUGGCCAGCCGGGUACACGGGCUGUGAGAGUAAGACCUGUGGUGCAGCAGCUGCAGCCGGUGCCUGGCUCGGCUCAGCCCAUCCAGCCAACAGGACAGCCCGAUGAAACCUGAUACCCCGCCGUCUGGCCUGCAGGCUCCCUGACGCCAGGCUAGCUCCCCACCCCUCAUGCCAACAGGAGGGGGCACCCCCUGCCUUGGACCACCCCCCAUCUGCCCAGGGCUGAAUGCAAAGGAGACUCAGAGCCACAGCAGCCAGGCCUGCACUGGGCCUGCACUCAACCCCUGACCUCCGACUACCCUGUCCUCCCCGCCACAGCUGCCAGAGUGGCACAAGGCCCUCUCCAGCUCUCAGCAGACACGCUCCCCUGCCAGCCUCCGCCUCUGGGACGAGUCCCAGAUACCUAGUACCCAGUACCCAGGGGUUUGUCUCUAUGGGUUUUGAUCUUGGCUCUGGGACACCUCUCUGACAAGAUAACCAACCCCACAUCAUGUGCUUUAUCCCUGUCCCUCCCACACCACCAUCCUUCUAGAUGACCCUGCCAACGGGAAGGCUACACAGGUCCUAGGAAUUGUAGUUAACUGGGGCAGCGGGAGGUUCAGGCCUCUGGUGCUGGCUGCUCACUCUAGGUGACAAGAGGGGCCCUUGGCUGGCUUGGGGUUUGUUCCUUUAUCGAUCUAUGGACAGAUUUGGUCCCGAUGUUCCUCAAAGCAUCCUCUCUGAUGUCAGGGCCGUGGUCCCCAGCAGUCAUCUGUUCCCAGGACCCUGCUUCCUGGAUCUGUGGCCUCAGAUGGGGUCCUGCCAAUGACCUGGAGUUCAGGUGCCUCCUGUGACCUGUGGUGACCUGUGGUGCCUCCUGGUCCAGCUCAGAUGGGCAGGGAGGAGGGUGAUGGAGGCCGACAAGCCCAGGAAAGUGGAUGCCCACACCCAGUUGUGCGGCAGGCCUUGGGCUUGGCCGGGCCCCAUCUAAGCCUUCUGGAAAAGCCAGCUCGAAAGGAAGCCUGACCACAGUCUGCAGCACAGAGCCCCUGCUUCCCACCGGACAGACCCCACAGGGUGUAUGUGUGAUGUGUGUUUGAAGAAUUCGGCAGAGAUGCCCAAAUGUGUGUCUAAGUACUAAGCAGGUGAUCUUGACCCUAGCAAGCACAUGGACUGGAAGCAGAGCUGGAGAAGGUGUAAGGGGGUGGGGAUGGGCAAAGCCAGCGACCCCUCCCCAUUCCGCGCAUGCCCAGGCUAGCUCCUUGCACACCCCGGCAGCCUGGGAAAGCACUACAAAACUGUGCAAGGUCAAGAGCGAACCAGGAAGCGAGACCGGGUGAAAAGCAGGCAGCAAAUGGGAGUGGACCCUCCCAGGAGCCUGCAAGGCCUCCUGCCCCGGGGCCCCCCACCCACAGCACCAACCACCAGCCCAUCUCUCUAAGGAUCUGAGGGUUAAUUACCCUGGAAACGCCACAGCCAGAACCAAGGCC